ACGAAUAAAAGUUCUUAUAUUUUAAAUAUUCAAAAGAAAUUAAAAAAAAAAACAGAAGAUGCUUGAUGGCUUCAAAGACGGAGAAUGUCUGCACUCUCACUCUCCCACUCAUCAUCAUCGUCCCCAAAACCAUGAACAACCAAACUCUAACCCUAACCCUAGUUCUCCUUCUUCUCGCCGCCGUUACCACCGCCCAAAACCUCCACUCCGCCGACCGCUCCGCCCUCCUCACUCUCCGUUCCCACCUCGCCGACCCCCGCGGCGCCCUCUCCACAUGGAACGGCUCUCGCUGCUCCCUCUGGGCCGGUGUCCUCUGCGAGAACCGCACCUCUCGCGUUAUCCAGCUCGAUCUCUCCGGUUUUAACCUCUCCGGCGAGCUCAACUCCUCACUCUGCCUCCUCUCCCGCCUCCAAACCCUAAUCCUCGCCUCCAACUACUUCUCCGGUAUCAUCCCUUCUUGCCUCCCCCGUAUCACGCCGCUCAGAACCCUAAACCUCGCCUGGAACCUCCUCUCCGGCCAGCUCCCCCCGACCCUCGCCCGCCUUCGCCACCUCGAGUCCCUCAUCCUCUCCGGAAACCGUGGCCUCGGUGGUCCUCUCCCUUUCUCGCUCGCCAUCUCCUUCCCUGCCCUCGCACACCUCGAUCUCAGCUCCGCUAACUUCUCCGGCGAGAUUCCAGCGGGCUUCUUCCAUCUCGGGGCCCUCAGAUAUGUGGACCUCUCCGACAAUCGCUUGACCGGUUCUUUGAUGGACUUCGAUCAUCCCUUGGAUUUCCUCGAUCUCUCUGGGAAUCAAAUCUCCGGGACGCUCCCUUGCUUCUCAGCGUCCGUGGAAACGCUCUCCGUUUUGAACCUCGCCGGGAACGGGAUCGUCGGCGGGAUCCCGACCUGUAUAUCGUCUUUGCGUGCUCUGACAGUGUUGAAUCUCUCGUCCAAUGCCCUCGAGUACCGGCUCUCGCCGAGGCUUAUCUUCUCCGAUAAGCUCCUGGUUCUCGAUUUCAGCUCCAAUGGUUUCUCGGGUCCGAUCCCGAGCCGGAUCGUCGAGGAUUCCGAUAGAUCGGGGCUUUUACUGUUGAAUCUAUCUAGUAAUCGGUUUUCCGGUGAGAUUCCGCCGGAGGUCACGGAGCUAAGGAGUCUCCAGGGUUUGCUCCUCGCCGACAACCAGAUCGAAGGGGAGAUCCCGCCAGCGAUCGGGAAUUUGACCUAUCUCCAAGCUCUGGAUCUCUCCGGCAACUUGCUCUCUGGGGCGAUCCCGGUGAGCCUCGCUGGAUGCUUCCAAUUAUGGAUGCUGAGGUUGGGCGGGAAUAACCUCAGCGGCGCGCUACGGCCGGAGCUCGAUGCACUAGAUAGCCUCCGGAUCCUCGAUCUUACUGGCAACCAAAUCUCCGGCGAGGUUCCGCUCCCACUGGCCGGCUGCAAAUCACUGGAAUUCGUGGAUCUAAGCCACAACGAGCUCGGAGGCGAGCUCAGCAGCGCCGUUUUUAAAUGGCAGAACCUUCGCCAACUCUCCCUGGCUGGAAACCGCUUCUCUGGCAACCUCCCCGAUUGGAUCUUCUCCUUCCCUGACCUCCAUUCUCUCGAUCUCUCUGGCAACCGCUUCACUGGCUUUAUCCCGGAUGGCAACUUCAAUGUCAGCGCCGACUUCAACGGCGCUGACGCCACGCAAGAUCAAACCAACAUCGGGAUCAUACUCAGAGUGUCAGUGAAUCUCGUGGCGGGUGGCCGGCAGGUGGAGUUCGGAUACGAGCUACGGUCUCCGGUGGUGAUCAACCUCAGCGACAACGAGCUCCGGGGAGAGAUCCCGGAGGGAUUGAUCGGGCUUCAAGGGUUGGAAACCCUCAACCUCUCGUACAACUACCUGACAGGGAGAAUCCCAGGGAGUCUAGCAAAGAUGGGGAGACUCCAGCGACUAGACCUCUCUCACAACGCGAUCUCCGGCGAGGUUCCGGUGGGGAUCGCGGGGCUGAAGGGAUUGGAAACGCUAGACCUGUCGUUCAAUUGCUUGUCAGGGAUGGUGGGGUUGAGGAGGUUCCCGGGGGCGUUUGCUGGGAACCCGGGGUUGUGCGUGGAGUUCUCCGGCGAGGGGUGUAGGGCGGGGAGGGGGAUGGAAGGUGGCGGAGGAGGAGGAGGAGGCGGUGGUGGGGAAAAGGAGGAAGAGAUGGGGAGAGAGGAAGGAUGGAUGUCGGUGGGGGCAUUCUGGAUAAGCGCGGUUGUGAGUUUCUAUGUUUCGUUGGUGGGCUUGCUUUGCUGGGGAACCACCAGGGCCUUUCUUUUCCGCCCUUCCAAAGCCCAAAACUUUUGAGUUCUGAUAUAUUUAUAUAUAUCAUCACUAACCAGUUGAAGCUUGUUUGAUCGGAAAGAAUGAGCUAGCGAGUUGCUGCAGACUAGUGAAAUUACACGUAAGUACCACAUUGCUUACUAACUCGGCUGUAUGUAAUUUAAAUAUAUAUAUAUAUAUAUAUGCAUGUCUGGUUGUCUUGCGUUUAUAAUGAAGAAUGUUAAUUGAGAUUAGCAUGACUAAAUUUUGGUCUGAUCCAUGAUUAGAAUGUUAAUCGAGUUCUAAUACAAUGUAUCAGCAUCUUAGUAUUUUGAUUUAUCAUUCAAUUGAUAGCAUCAGUGAAAGAAAAUGACAAGACUCAGAUCCAUUCCCAAGUAAAUUAAUAAAUGCAUAGAUAAAGUCAUGUAUUAUUAGUAUAGAUUGAAGAUUGGCAUGUAU